UUUCAGUUAUACGUUUUGGCCGCAGCAGUAUACUUCCAUGAAUCUGAAAAUUUUCCAAAUUGUGUGAACUAUUUUUUGAGAUCCAUCAGUAGUUUCUUUUGCUUGGGAAAUUAUUAUCAACACCAUGCAUUUGAUGUGCGAGCGAUUGUCUUCAAUAUUUGCGGGCGUCUUGGUGGGUUUGUGGUACGGCAAGACCUUCCCAGAGGACACCAAGUCCAAGGACUCCAGCAAGGAUAAGAAGAAGUAGGUGGUAUCAGGCAACCCCGAAAGCCCACUCAAAAUACCCAGCAAAAAUCACAAAAGAAUUUAAGUCGAGAAGAAAACUUCAAUCGGGCUCGACGACCUGUCAACCCGGUCACCCUGACACAGCUCAGUAUUUAUUCGGCUUCGCAACCAGUAUAUCAGACUCUCGACUUGCACUAAAUUUUUACCGUGUUUGGUUUUCAUCCGACAUCCAACA